UCAACUACUGUGACCUGGGAGUUCGGAAAUGUAAAGCCUUCACAAGAAGUCCGAUUUUUCAUUGACGCUUCAACAUUAUUGAUUCUGAACUUGGUACUUUUCCACAAACAUGGAGGUGGAAAGCGCUACAGUAGAAUCUCAGGCUCCAAAAUUUUCUCUUCCGGUGGAUUCCGAGCACAAGGCCACUGAAUUCCGGCUAUUCUCAGUAGCUGCACCCCACAUGCGGGCGUUUCAUUUGUCAUGGACAUCUUUCUUUUGUUGUUUCGUCUCUUCUUUUGCAGCUGCACCACUUCUUCCUAUCAUCCGAGACAAUCUCAACCUCACAGCCACUGACAUUGGCAACGCUGGGAUUGCAUCCGUCUCUGGUGCGGUCUUUGCCCGUCUUGCCAUGGGAACUGCUUGCGAUUUAUUCGGACCCCGUCUUGCCUCCGCUUCACUUAUCCUCCUCACUGCUCCUGCAGUUUAUUUAACGUCUAUUGCCUCUUCAGCCCUCUCCUUCCUGCUUGUACGUUUCUUCACGGGCUUCUCUCUAGCCACUUUUGUGUCAACUCAAUUCUGGAUGAGCUCCAUGUUUUCCACUCGCGUAGUCGGCACCGCAAACGGCGUUUCAGGGGGGUGGGGCAACCUCGGAGGUGGAGCAACACAACUAAUUAUGCCGCUAGUGUGUGCUCUUAUAGUCGACAUUGGAGCAGUCCAAUUUACAGCCUGGCGGAUUGCUUUUUUCAUACCUGCCCUGUUUCAAAUGCUCUCCGCAUUUGCUGUUCUCACCCUUGGCCAGGAUUUGCCGGACGGGAACUUCAAGAAGUUACAGAAGUCCGGAGAUAAAGAGACAGACAAAUUCUCAAAGGUCUUUUAUCGUGGGAUUACGAAUUACAGAGGGUGGAUCUUGGCGCUGACUUACGGGUAUUGCUUCGGAGUAGAGCUGACAAUAGACAACAUAAUUGCGGAGUAUUUUUAUGACAGGUUCAACUUGAAACUCCACACUGCGGGAAUUGUUGCGGCUAGUUCUGGAUUGGCGAAUUUGUUUUCACGACCUGCAGGAGGUAUAAUCUCGGAUGCAGUGGCGAAGCGAUUUGGGAUGAGGGGGAGGCUGUGGGUUUUGUGGGUGGUGCAGACAUUGGGUGGAGUGUUCUGUAUUAUUCUCGGACGGGUGAAUUCUUUAAGUGCAUCCAUUGUUGUGCUGAUUGUCUUCUCUGUGUUUGUCCAAACUGCUUGCGGACUUACAUUCGGAGUGGUUCCAUUCGUCUCCCGGAGGUCAUUGGGUGUAAUCUCGGGUAUGACAGGAGGGGGUGGGAAUGUGGGGGCAGUUAUUACUCAACUAAUUUUCUUCAGAGGAUCCAAAUAUUCAAAACAAGCAGGGAUAACUUUGAUGGGUAUUAUGAUAAUAUGCUGCACCCUUCCUAUUAUGCUAAUCUACUUCCCCCAGUGGGGUGGCAUGUUCUGUGGUCCUUCUCAAAAGAUUUCCUCCGAAGAAGAUUACUAUUUGUCUGAAUGGAAUUCACAAGAGAAGGAGAAGGGUUUGCAUCAGGGAAGCUUAAAAUUUGCUGAAAAUUGCAGAACAGAAAGAGGAAGAGGAUUCAACUCAGCAACUGCAAUUUCUGACAAAUAAAAUUAUUCUACCUGCAGCCUCUACUUAACUAGAUUUAUAAGUGUUUGUAAUAAGUUAAUUAUGCUGUUAAGUGCUACUUGUAAAAUUCAAUGGAUUCCCUUCAAUUCCAGCACCCAGUUAAGAGAA